AUGCCACAGUUUUCUGGACAAGUAUUUCAGGAGAACGCCUACAUCAAAUCUGUCUAUGAAAUCACCUUUCAGUUAAAAUACAGGAUGUGGUACCUCCCAUACCAUUUUGAUUUCAUCUAUUGGCUCAGUCGUGAUGGACGCCGCUUCCAGAAGGCCUGUGACAUUGUGCAUCUCCAAACAGAAAAAGUGAUUAAGGAGAGGAAGAAAUCCCUCAAAGAUGAGCGAGAACUUGAAAAGAUCAAGAAGAAGAGACACUUGGACUUCCUGGAUAUUCUCUUGUGUGCCAAGGUAGAUACAGAGGGACCUUGCUUUAUUUCUCAUGUCUUGUGAAUAAGCGUGUGUAAGUCUG